UUGUGUUUUGUUGUAACGCGGCAAAUGUCGAAGUGGAUUUUGUAAUAAACAAUUUUAGUUUGCUUGCAAUAUUUAUUUAAGUGUAUAUUACAUAAUGAGUGAAUGUGUAUUUAUUACAUGUCAUAUAUAUAUAUAUAUAUGUGAAUGACAUUAUGAAAAAUGCGUAAGAUCGAAAAUUUGGUGCUCUUUGUAUUAAUACGCUGUUAAUGAUGUGAAAUAUCAUCAGCGCUUGGCAUAAACGAAGCAACUAUUAACAGAGCGAGAGGACACACAUCCAUGUGUACAUAUUUGUAUGUGGUAACACGUGCGAAAAUAUUAUUGUUAUUGUACUGUGACUGCGUGGUAGUAAUCUGAAUUCACAAAAUCCUCGUACACACAUAUCUUCAUAUGUAUUCACAUUUCCACUACGCGCCCAUCACGCUCCUUCCACAGCUGCUGUCUACAGCCCCCAUUUAAUGCUUCCACCAACUGCCAACAGCGCCAACGUCACAAAUAUCAGCACCAACACCAUCACAGCCAUCGAAAGUUGCAUUCACAUUUUUGCCUCCACCUUUUCCAUCCUCUAAGCAAAGCAGUUGUAAUAUCUGCAUCGAACGUAUGAGCACGCAAAUGUGUUAUCCUGCAACAGCUUAGGAUCGAUCGAGUAUGGAUCGAAGUAAAAAUAAUAGUUUAGAAUUUGGUAAAAAUUCCACAGCAUCGGCUGCAGCUGCUGCCGUAAUGUCAGCGCCAUGGGCGAAUAAUAAAGAGUCGCCAACGCUGCCCAACGAGGAUGAUUCACCGGAAGAUGAUGCUGAUAACGCUACUCCUGCCAAGGUGACGGAUCCGCUAGCGCCAAGGCUUGCCAAUAAUGAGCGCGUGCUAGUCGUCUCUGUCACCGAACGCAAUCGGGAGACCUGGAGUCAAAAAGCGGAGUUCCUCUUGGCCGUCAUUGGCUUCGCGGUGGAUUUGGGCAAUGUGUGGCGUUUUCCGUACAUCUGUUAUCAAAAUGGUGGGGGUGCAUUUCUCAUACCCUAUUGUGUGAUGUUGAUUUUCGGUGGAUUACCGCUCUUUUAUAUGGAGUUGGCGUUGGGUCAAUUUCAUCGCUGCGGCUGUUUGAGCAUAUGGAAGCGCAUUUGCCCCGCACUUAAAGGUGUCGGUUAUGCCAUUUGCCUAAUUGACGUUUAUAUGGGUAUGUACUACAACACGAUAAUCGGUUGGGCAGUUUACUACUUGUUCGCAUCGUUCACAUCGACACUGCCGUGGACGUCGUGUGGCAAUUCGUGGAACACCAACAGUUGUAUGCCAGUAACGAAUGAGAAUUUCACCGAAAAAGCAACAACGCCGGCGAAAGAGUUUUUCGAACGCAUGGUUCUAGAGCAAUACAAAUCGGAUGGUCUCGAUUAUAUGGGUCCAAUUAAGCCAACUUUAGCCCUGUGUGUUUUCGGCGUAUUUAUUUUGGUCUACUUUUCGCUCUGGAAAGGUGUACGCAGUGCGGGCAAAGUGGUUUGGGUCACGGCGUUGGCGCCAUAUGUGGUACUCUUCAUUUUACUGAUACGCGGCGUAUCGCUACCGGGUGCCAUGGAGGGUAUUCGGUAUUAUUUAACGCCAGAAUGGCAUAAAUUGAAAAAUUCAAAGGUUUGGAUUGAUGCUGCCUCGCAAAUAUUCUUCUCACUUGGUCCGGGUUUUGGUACCUUGCUGGCACUAUCCAGUUACAAUAAAUUCAAUAAUAAUUGUUACAGAGAUGCGCUGAUUACGAGUAGUAUUAAUUGUUUGACUAGUUUUCUAGCGGGUUUCGUCAUAUUUUCGGUAUUGGGCUACAUGGCACACGUACAGAAGACCUCCAUCGAUAAGGUGGGUCUGGAAGGACCGGGUUUGGUAUUCAUUGUCUAUCCCGAAGCCAUAGCUACGAUGAGUGGAUCGGUAUUUUGGUCAAUCAUAUUCUUUCUUAUGCUCAUCACAUUGGGUUUGGAUAGUACAUUUGGCGGUUUGGAAGCAAUGAUAACGGCACUCUGUGAUGAAUAUCCACGCGCAAUUGGAAGGCGUAGAGAAUUAUUUGUUCUCUUGCUCUUGGCUUGUAUCUACCUGUGCGCAUUGCCUACCAUGACUUAUGGCGGUGUUUUCUUAGUUAACUUCCUGAAUGUCUAUGGACCUGGCCUGGCGAUAUUGUUUGUAGUAUUCGUGGAAGCGGCAGGAGUUUUCUGGUUCUAUGGCGUCGACCGUUUCUCCGAAGAUGUCGAGCAAAUGCUGGGCAUUAAGCCAGGCAUUUUCUGGCGCAUAUGUUGGACAUAUAUAAGCCCAGUAUUUUUAUUGGCCAUCUUCAUCUUCUCCAUACUCGGCUAUGAGGAAAUGUUGGGCGAGGAAUAUCAAUAUCCCGAAUGGAGUAUUAAAGUCGGCUGGGCUGUCACCUGUUCCUCGGUACUCUGCAUACCGAUGUACAUCAUCUAUAAAUUCGUAUUUGCGUCCAAAGGUGACUGUCGUACGCGCUACCGUGACGCAUUCAAAGUGCCGCCACAGUGUGGUUCUGUACUGCCUGGGCAACAGGGCACUACAGUGUGACAUGAUUUAGGGAAAGAUGAAA